ACUAGGCGGUGCUAGUCAUAGCAGAGGUUGCACUGUAUUACGAAGAAAUUGAGUCGCGCUUACUACAUCACAAACAUGCACACAUAAUAAUCUAGCUAGAGUAAUUGUUUAUCAACUUCUUAUUAACGAAAUUUAAUAAAUUGCCCAGGCAUAUCCAACGAUUGGAGUGAACAACAUGUAGACCUACUCUCGCUACUUAUCACCACAACCUUUCGCAGUUUACGUAGAACUAAACAAACUGACUCGAUCUUGCUAACGUGUUAGCUAGCGUCAGCCAACGAACCAUCCCGGAAAUUACAUUUGCUAAAAGUUACAAGCUUCACUACAGCAACAGCAUUAGAUCGUAUAGUGUACUAGCUGGCAUCUAUUGGUCCUCUCAUGAACCCCAGUGUAAACUCGAUAAUCACCGGACAUAAGAAUGCUGCGAUAAGGAUGCCAACACUGAUCAACACAGGCUACCGAUCCUUCAACACUGCUUCGCAAUACAACCAGCGCCUUGGACUGACUCCCAGGAUAGCAAUGCGGUCCAUGGGGGGUCAUCAUCCUGGACCCUAUUUUGGUGGGAACAUGCCCUCACGCACUGGAAUGGGGCUCUCACCUGUAGACGUCUCCAGAAAGAGGUUUCUUCACCAGCAGCAACAACUUCACCAGCAAGUGGGACUUGCAGGCCCAAGGCAUGGUGGGAAAAGGCGCAAGAUGGCUGACAAGGUGCUUCCCCAAAGGAUCAGAGACCUUGUUCCUGAGUCCCAAGCCUACAUGGACCUUCUUGCCUUUGAGAGGAAGCUGGAUCAGACCAUCGCACGCAAGCGCAUGGAAAUUCAGGAAGCCAUCAAGAAGCCUAUAGCGCAAAAACGCAAAUUGAGGAUUUACAUAUCCAACACCUGUACUCCUGGCAAGCCAGAAGGUGAAGAAAUUGAUAAAGUUUCAUCCUGGGAACUAAGGAUGGAGGGCAAACUACUAGAGGAUACUGGAAAGCAAAAACGGAAGUUUUCAUCUUUUUUUAAAAGUCUGGUAAUUGAGCUUGACAAGGAGCUUUAUGGGCCAGACAACCACUUGGUAGAGUGGCACAGGAUGCCUACCACCCAGGAAACUGAUGGCUUCCAGGUGAAGAGACGUGGAGAUUCAAGUGUAAAAUGCACUUUACUACUCGUGCUUGAUCACCAGCCACCUCAAUAUAAACUGGACCCCAGGUUGGCCCGACUGUUAGGCAUCCACACUCAGACACGUGCCAGCAUCAUGCAGGCUCUGUGGCUCUACAUCAAGGUCAACCAGCUGCAGGACAGCCAGGAGAAGGAGUACAUUAACUGCAACCGCUACUUGAGACAGAUUUUUGUCUGUCCUCGUCUGAGAUUUACUGAGAUUCCCAUGAAGCUGGCUGGGCUACUGCAGCAUCCUGACCCCAUAAUCAUCCAUCAUGUCAUCAGUGUUGACCCUAAUGACCUCAAGAAGACUGCAUGCUAUGACAUUGAUGUGGAGGUGGACGACCCGCUCAAAGUUCAGAUGAACAGCUUCCUGUCCUCUGCAACUAAUCAGCAGGAGUUUGCUGCUCUUGAAAUGAAGAUCCAUGAAACCAUAGAGUCUAUCAACCAUCUGAAGACUCAGAGAGACUUCAUGUUGAGCUUCAGUAACAACCCCCAAGACUUCAUCCAGGAUUGGCUCAAGUCCCAAAGCCGGGACCUUAAGCUGAUGAUGGAUGUUGCAGGGAACCCAGAGGAGGAGAGGCGAACAGAAUUUUACCAGGCCCCGUGGGUUCCUGAGGCUGUGGGCAGAUACGUUAACGCAAAGGUGCAGCAAAGAAGACAAGAAUUGGAGCAGGUGCUGGGAAUACGGCUCACUUAAGCCUUCACAACCAUAGAUCUGCAUGUCAUCCACAGAACUGGAACUGGCUAGCAUCUUGCUCACAUCCUGACACACCAAAAGACACCAAUGUGUUAUAAUGGCUGAGAUGUAGGGUUCAAAUUUAAGCCUUCAUCGCACACAGUAUGUAACAUGAUAAAUUUGCAUCUGCUGUUUCUUUAUCUCAUUUUGUCUACUGUCCAUCUCCAAACCUAAAGUGUGUCCACAGCUGAUGGGCCAGCCAAACCCCUGCAUAGAUUUCACUAAGGGAAAUUGGGACAUCCCCAAUGCUGUUGGUACAAUGCAUCAAUAAAGAAGAGGCUGUGCCCUCAAUUAGUUUGACAUGCCCGAUCUGAAUUGGAAAAAAUCAUCAGGAAAAUAAAAAUAAUUAUCUUUCAUUAGCUUGAAAUUAACACCUAUCUAACAUACAACUUAAGUUUUUUCACAGCCAUCAGUCCAAUUUGGAUUAUUUUGAUCCUUUGCCAUUGUGCAGUCACCGGACUACCCAAUUUGUUCUAAGGCCUACCCAAAAAUGAAAAUAUGUCCGAAAAAUGAUGCACCGGGUGCACAUCGAAUAGUAAAUAAGUUAAAAAAAAUAUGAAAAGAUGCAUAUCCAUAUUUUUUUUGACCUAGCCAAAAAGAUUAUUCUGUCUACGCCCCUGGUUUAAUCAUAAAAUGUUGUUUAUUUUGUACAUUACAUUAGUUUUGAAUAGUCCUUUAGCCCAUUAGUUUUGUAGCAUUGUCCUUAAUAUUUUGCUUAAAUUGUUUGGAAACUUGUUUGAAACAUAAGCCUUGUAAGUUGUUUAAGUGAGUGACAUUUUGGAAGUGGUUAAGACAAUCUUUCAAACCAAUACCUACAUUCUGGUUGAUUGUUAAAAGUAGGUAUACUAGAAUCAGUUUUGGACAGGGCACACAGGAAAUCUAAAUUCUGUAAGGAAACCAGACCAUGUGCCUACUGUUUAAGAGUAUGUUUUAUAUUUACCCCUUGAAUGUUGUAUUGAUGUCGGUUUGAUGUUUGUGUUGUUCACUGUCUGUAUGCCAUAUAAGGGUGUACUUAAAAAAGGAAUACAUUUAAUUUAGAAUGGCUUAACGACACCACACAGGUUUAAUAACCAGUGUUGGCAUAGUCAAUCUCCCAUAACUUGAUGAAAAUGUAUUAUUUGUUCAAGUAUUGUGACCAACACAACUUUAUUUACAUGUUUAGCAGAGUAAUCCUUUGUUGUUGAUCUUGAAAUGGUGUAACUGUCAGUUUUUUGUUAAAUGCAUGCGUGUUUUUUAUUCAUUCACAAACAUUGACUGUCCUGCUUGCUGAACUGGGAAGAGUGUGGCGUGAAGUUGCAUACAAUUUCUGGGUGCUUUUUCGGGGGGAUAAUCACCACAAAGAGUUGAACUAGUGAAAUGAUUAUCAUUAAAUUAUAAUUUGUUAUUGCUGAAACAUGAAUUCAUACCAUAGUAGGCUACUUAAUAAAGCAGAAAGUGGUUGUAUUAAAUUAUCAUUUUGUCAGAUACAUUUUUAUAAUCAAAAAAACUUACUGGAUUAAGAUCUCCAAAUGCUCAGUAACAUUCCAAGUAAAAAUUUCGGCCAGUGCCAAAAUUGUUGCCUUGACAGUGUUGGUGCUUAUGUCACAGGAAAUUUCUCACCAAAAAACUUUUAAUAUAUUUUGCUUGUUUUAUAUUUUUAAUCAAAGGCUUUCAUAUUUUAUCAAUUUGUAAACUUGGUACAUUUUGAAAAUUAAACCUACUUUAAAAGCAUUGUUCUUGCUUUUGUGUUCUUAGAAACUAACUUUUGUACAAUUAAUAUCUUAUUAAUACCAAUAUUUAUCUAUUAUGAUGAAAAUAUAUCUGACUAAAGGCUAUGGA